ACUUCUUCCCCGUUUUGGUGUUUGUUGGCGGUGAUGGUGGCGCAAGGGGUCAUGGAGACCAGAACCAGCCGGAGACCGUGCAGCAGCGCCCAGCAACACUUACUGCUGGCGGUCGCUCUCAUCGCAUGCAGCUCGCAACUACUGGUGGACGCCAACUCCUGGUUGUCGUUAGCGAUGAACCCUAUCCAGAGACCGGAGAUGUACAUCAUCGGGGCCCAGCCUCUGUGCAGCCAGCUGACGGGACUCUCCCAGGGGCAGAGGAAGCUGUGCCAGCUCUACCAGGACCAUAUGGUCUACAUUGGCGAGGGGGCCAAGACGGGCAUCAAUGAAUGUCAAUACCAGUUCAGGCAGCGGCGGUGGAACUGUAGCACAGUGGAUAAUGCAUCCGUGUUCGGACGCGUCAUGCAGAUAGGCAGCAGGGAGACAGCCUUCACCUAUGCCAUCAGUGCAGCAGGCGUGGUGAACGCGGUGAGCAGGGCGUGUCGGGAAGGAGAACUCUCUACCUGCGGAUGCAGCCGCGCCGCUCGACCCCGUGACCUACCGCGUGAUUGGCUGUGGGGUGGCUGUGGCGACAACGUCAACUAUGGCUACCGUUUCGCCCGGGAGUUUGUGGACGCGCGGGAGAGAGAAAAGAACUACCCUCGAGGCUCCAUAGAACACACUAGAACAUUGAUGAACCUACAGAACAACGAAGCAGGGAGACAGUCGGUGUAUAACCUGGCCAAUGUGGCGUGUAAGUGUCAUGGCGUGUCCGGCUCCUGUAGCCUGAAGACAUGCUGGCUCCAGCUGGCAGACUUCCGCCGCGUCGGAGAGUUUCUGAAGGAGAAGUACGACAGCGCCGCCGCCAUGCGCAUCGGACGCAAAGGAAAACUGGAGCAGGUAGAUAAACGCUUCAACGUCCCGACGCCCGAGGAUCUGGUCUACACCGACCAGAGCCCAGACUACUGUCUGAAGAACGACACCACCGGCUCCAUGGGAACUGGGAGACUCUGUAACAAGACGUCAGAGGGGAUGGAUGGGUGUGAACUCAUGUGCUGUGGGAGAGGAUACGACCAGUUCAAGACCUAUAAGCAUGAGAGAUGUCACUGCAAGUUUCACUGGUGUUGUUAUGUCAAGUGUAAGAGGUGCACUUCACUGGUGGAUCAGUUUGUCUGCAAGUAGCGAAGGAAGGGAGGGAGUCUGGACGAUGGUGAAGGGAGGGAGUCUGGACG